UGCCCGGGGGAGGGCGGCGCGGCCGCCAUCGCCUCCUCCGGCGCGGUCCCGCCUCCCCUUGGCAGUAGGCCGCGAUGGCGGCGGCGGCGGCGACACGGGGUCGGGUGCUGUGCCUCUUCGAUGUGGACGGGACCCUGACGCCGGCCCGGCAGAAAAUCGAGCCGGAGGUCGACGCCUUCCUGCGGGAGCUGCGGGAGAGGGUGCAGAUCGGCGUGGUGGGGGGCUCCGACUACGCCAAGAUAGCCGAGCAGCUGGGGGACGGGGACGAAGUCAUCGAGAAGUUUGACUAUGUCUUUGCUGAGAACGGCACGGUGCAGUACAAGAAUGGGCAGCUUGUCUCCAAGCAGGCCAUUCAGGACCACUUGGGGGAAGAGCUGCUGCAGGAUCUAAUCAACUUCUGUCUCAACUACAUGGCGCUGCUGAAGCUGCCCAAGAAAAGAGGAACCUUCAUCGAGUUUCGCAACGGGAUGCUAAACAUCUCCCCCAUCGGACGGAGCUGCACGCCAGAGGAGCGAAUAGAGUUCUCCGAGCUGGACAAGAAAGAGCGGAUCCGGGAGAAGUUUGUGGCAGCCUUGCAGAGGGAGUUUGCUGGCAAAGGCCUGCGUUUCUCUCGAGGUGGCAUGAUCAGCUUUGACGUCUUCCCGGAGGGCUGGGACAAGCGCUACUGCCUCAAUGUGCUCGACGAUGAGCGAUUUGACACCAUCCACUUCUUUGGGAACGAGACGACCCCUGGAGGGAAUGAUUAUGAAAUCUAUGACGAUCCCCGCACAGUGGGACACAGCGUCCAGUCCCCUCAGGACACGGUCCAGCGAUGCCGUGAAAUCUUCUUUCCAGAGAGGGCAAAUGAGUGCUGACUGCCAGGUCACCACAGCCCUGCCCCAGCCCCACCCUCUCCCCCCACCAGGAAAAGCACCUUCAUUUGAGGAAUCUGCUCAGGGUAGACUGAAAAAAAAAAGCCACUUUCCAGAGCUGGCCGGGACGUAACGCGUGAGUGCGGGUGGGUGUGCAGGAGGGGGCCUUUGCUGACCAGCCCUUCGGCACUCCCCGUCUUCAGCUGGGGUUUGUGGGACCUGACCCUCCUCCUCACCUCCAGCAAAACUUCUCUCUGGACAGUUUGGGCCAAGGUGGGUGGCGAUUUAGAUGCUUUCGUGGUCGGAAAGCAUUUGAAAGGGCCAGUCACGAGAGCGCGUGUGUGUCCAUCCUGUGCUCCGUCCCUUCUUCUCUUCUUUUUCACUGUUUCUCUUAAUGCUUUUGCACGAGGGAACGUGCGUCUCACUUUUCUCUCCCCCUUGCGCCAUGGCUAGUGAGGAUGGGGCUGCAGAGGCCCCAGGCACUCUCACCAGAGCUGCUCCAAAGCAAGAGGCCAGGAAAGCUGCUUGGUCCAAGCCCGUGGUAAGAAGGGGUAGCUGCAACCCCUCCGCUCGUUACAGCAUUGUGCAUCUUAAUGGAGAGGAUCACCACGUCCUUCACCUCGGUGCCACACCGUGCCAGUCCCUGCAGGUGACCUGGGAAUGACAGUUUUAAAAUGAGUCUGCUCCUGCUCUGAGCUUUGCUCAGGUGCAUGAAGAAACUAAUUCUCUUUUUAGCUUACCCAAAAAAAAAAAAAAAAAAGGGUAUCAUGGUUUUAUUUUCUAUAUUCUGCAGAAGUUGUCCAGUCAGACCUUGCCUGGUGUGGCCGGAGGACCUGGGGUGCCUGGUGUGUGCAGAGCACCCUGUGGAGCCACUGGGGGCAGAAGCUUCCCAACAGUCUUCCCACCCGUGUGUCCAUGAGGCAUCACAGAUGUGUCAGUGUAAAAGCUUACCC